AUGUGUGGUGUGGGAUUUUGCCGUCGUAUUCACCAAAACCUAUGCAUAUGCUUAGCUAUAUACACUCUAUUUGAGUAUCGUAUUCCGUGUGUCCACUGUCAUGAUCCUGAUGCUACGUUACAUAAGCACUCAAGUGUAUUGUUUGCAUCACUCACAAAUGAUAGCAAGUAUAUGGACAAAGAAAUGCUCGCGGAAUUCCUGAGGUCCUUGCAUCUGUACGAAGAAUCUCCCCAUGAGAGCGAUUCCAAAGAAGACAAGUGUUUCACGGCAAGUGAAAUGUUCGAUUUAUUUUCUCCCAAUCACUCACAUCUAAACCAAACGGAUUUUCAUGCGUUGUUACCGACUAUCGUUUAUGAGUUAAAAACUGGAGUUUGUAAGCACAAUCAUGUACACGAAGUAGUUCCUUCAACGCACGAGUUCAGUUGGAAAGCCUUUCUAGCUGCAAUCGGUGCUGUGCUUUUGGUGAGCUUUUCAGGACUUAUUGUUGUAUGUUUGGUACCUCUAAUGUCCCGAAGUUUUUACAAUGUUGUAACUCAAUUCCUUAUAGCGCUUGCAGUUGGUUCACUUGCUGGUGACGCCUUUCUUCACUUAAUACCUCAUGCUUUUUCUGGUGCCGGACAUAUCCAUCACAACCAUGAUCACGAAACUAAUAUUGUUCAUGAACAUAUUGACGAACAUCACCACGAAUCUAUAUCAUCAACAAAACUCAGCUCUCACCGGAAAAUGAUUUUGGAGGCACUCAUAGCUCUACUAGGCAUUUAUAUAUUUUUCUUAACUGAGCGGCUUACCAUCAUCUGUCAAAAUAAAAUGUCUAGACGGAAGCUGAAGCGUCAACAUAGUACUGCAUUGAACGAAAGCCAGAUGUGUAAUUGCUCUCCUGAACGACCCAUGGAUAACAGUCGCUGCGUAGAUUAUCUUAAUGAAAAGCAAAUAAGUGGUUCAGAUGGUGCUAAUCAACCGCACUGGUCGUUCAACAACAAUAUUGUGCCGCCAACAGAUACCAUUGAAGCGGUAGCAAAUAUUGAUCAACAACAUUUUAACGGUGGUGGUGUUGUUGUUGAGGGUCACUAUACAAAACUAUCGGAUUUGAGAAAGUCAUCAGUGCACAAUAAUAAUAAAAAUAUUAAUAAUGAUAAUAAGCAAACAUCUGUAAUAAACAAUGGAGGAUCCGUUGUUGAUAUGCUUGAUGUGAAACAAAAUAAUACUACAUUAGAGCUUGCUAACCCUGCUAAUAAUACUCCACAAAUUGGUAAACCUAAUGCAAUUUUAAGAACGAAUUCGUCGUUCGAUUAUAUUGGUGGCGGGGAACAAAUUCAAACACAUCCACAUCGUGAUAAACCACAUGGGCAUCAUCAUGGUCAUAGUCAUGAUUUAAGUUCUGUUCGUGCAAUCGCUUAUACUAUAAUUGCCGGUGAUGGAUUACAUAACUUUUGUGAUGGUAUAGCUAUUGGCGCUGCAUUCGCGAAUGAUAUGCGUGGUGGUCUGUCAACUUCAUUAGCUGUAUUAUGUCAUGAACUCCCACAUGAACUAGGUGAUUUUGCUGUUUUACUUCAUGCUGGAAUGUCUGUAAAAUCAGCUUUAUUUUAUAAUUUAUUAUCCAGUAUAUUAUGUGCUGCUGGUAUGAUUAUUGGUUUUUUACUUGGUGGAAUGCAUUCAUUAGAUACAUGGAUAUUUAUGUUAGCUGCUGGAAUGUUUAUUUAUAUUGCAUUAGUUGAUAUGAUGCCAGAAUUAUCGGCUAAUCAACUUAAAGGUGAUCGACGUUGUCAUCAACCGAGUGUUUUAUUUAUAUGGCAAAAUUUUGGUAUCCUUUUAGGUUUCUGUAUAAUGCUAUUAAUAGCAUUUUAUGAAUUUCAAUUUAUAUCACACUAA